AUGUUCUCCUUGAGGUCCUCGGGUGCCCGCAGACAGAUUGACCGCAAGCCAAACGAGGCCACCUCUAGAGCCUCGCCAUCCUCUCCCUUUCUCCGUAGUGCCACACCUGGCUUCGACGCGAAUGAAUCAGUAGACGUCGAUUCCUCGUUCUCCAGAUCAGCACAGCGCACUCGACGUGAAGAUGCACCCAGAAGCAGGCUCAUCUUUGGCGCCAGAUUCUCUUCUCCCAGGCAAGGCGAUUCAUCACCCAGUAGGGUCGUCCUGCAGCGGAGCAGAUCCAUAGUUCAGGAUUCGGGGUCCGGAAUUGUAGACAACUCCAUCGCCUCCAACAUCGCUCCGGACGACUUCGCGCCCCCACCACUGCCCUUUCAACACCCAAAUCGCCCACCGAUAGAGCAACCGACGAAUUUUCAGCGUGCAAAGAACAAGUCGUUUAACAAUGCUAAUAAUCGGCUUGAACUAGUCAGAGGGAGUGAGGGCACGGUUUCCCCAAAUCCAGGACUCUCGCACGAGGGGAGAAGCAUGGAUGCACCGCGCAUACCUCACGACGGGUCUGUUGGUUACGACACACCGAAUCCGUCCCAGUUCAUGCCACCCCCGUAUUCCAGAAGCGUAUCGGUGACGAGCACGACACUCGCGCGGCAGGACGAAGAUAUCUCCUCCAUCAUGAUGCGAGGGGCGACAGACCUUCGGAAUGCAAGGUUCGAAGCGGAAGAACAACGGCGGGAAAUUUCUUUCUUGCACAGCCAACUAGAAACUUUGAAAGAGGAGAAAGAGGAAGCACUGAAGCGGCUCAAGGCAGUCAAGGAUGCUGCCAAAAAGGGCUUGCAAACUAGUUCCGAUAGUUUGAGCGGCAUGGAGCGUGUACUGAACGAAUUGAAGAUACAAUCUCAAACGACAUUUGAGACAAUCGGACAGGCACGGAACUCGCUGCCCGAUAUCCAAGAGCUCCGAACGAUAGCCUCGGGUGUAAUGAAGAACAUUGAACCCCUCUUGGACGACAAAGGACAGUUGAUCAAGGUCUCGGAAACCAAGAUACUUAUCAGUGACUUGGAAUUAGAACGCGAGAAAGCGCAACAAGUUGCGGACCUCCUCCGAGACCGACUUCAGACUGUUGGCGCUGAACUCAUCGACGCCAAGAAUCGGAUUGCAGAACUGGAAGAAUCUCAAGCUUCUGAUCGUCAAGCAUUGUUGGCAUCAACAACUAGCCUCACCAACACAAGUCAACAAUAUGCUGAGCUGGCGGAAGGUAUGAAGAAACAGCAAAAUCAAUUGUUCGACGUCCUCUCUGCCGCGGCGGAUGCAGAAAUGAAGUUACAGGCCUCGAAUGAAGAGAUACAGCGUUUGAUGGGACUGCUCGAGAAGAAGAAUGCUAUGCUAGAGGAGUUGCGGGAUGUACGAGCUGAGAAUUUGGUUUUGAACAGCCUGAGGGACGAACAAGCGGCAAGAAUAUCUUCUCUUGAGAAGAUCCGUGUUGAGGUCGACACGCUUCGCAUAAAGUUGCACGACGGAGAGCUAACGAUCCGUGCGCUCGAAGUAUCCAUAGCGGCAAAGGAAGAGCGCGCAGCCGAAUUGGAUCUCAGGCUGUCCGAGCAAAACGCGCAAAGUGAAGGCGAUUCCGUGCAGUUACAGAAGCUCCAAGAGAACCUCAAGGCCUCUCAAAUCAGGGAAGAGGUCUUGAAAACGGAAAAAGAGUCAUAUGUGCAAGACAAGCAUGCUCUCCAGGCGAAACUGGAUGAAGUGGAAUGCAGGCUCGAACGAGCAAGGCAUGAGAAUGAGCAACGUAACGAAAAACUGCACGAGGCGGUCACUCGUUACCAGGGCUUAGAGGAACGCUUCGAGGAUCAGCUGGUCACCCUCAGAGCCGCUCGUGAAUCUAACGGGGACCUGCAGGAGCGCUUAAUUUCAGCCGAAGCUACUUAUGCGAGGAACCUCGAAGCAGCCGUUGCUAAGCUCAAUUGUGAGAUUACUCUGCUCAAAGAAGAGAACUCCCACUUGCAGUCAAGGGUCAGCAGUGCCGAGUCAGAGUUGCACCGCCACGACGAUUUAGCGCAAGCAACGCGGCGAGAAUAUGAAGAGAAGCUGCGGGCCAAGGACGAUGCGCAUAAGACGCUAGCGGAAUUGCAAGAGAGAAGAGCCGCUCGUGCAGAAUCCGAGCUUGACGGGACUCGCGCGAGAAUGCAAUUGGUGGAGGACAGGUUUUCUGCUGCCUCCGCAGAACUUCAGGAUGUCCGCGAACAAUUGGCCAGAGCCAAGUUGCCGUCACCUGCGCACUUGGAGGAGAUGAAUGCUCUCAAAUUCGAAAUCAAGUCUCUGCAAGCGGAGCAAUUACGCGUUGUUGAGCGAGCGAGGACGAUUGAUGCCAGAUACACGAACGGCGACUUAACCAACGAAGAAAAGAAGUUCAUUACGGGCCUUAUCAAGACUUCACAAGCCGUACAUGAGAAGGAACUUGUCGCCAAAGGCAACGAAUUACGUCGACGCGACAACGUUAUCAAAGAAUUACGCUCAAAGAUCCACCUCUUGGAGACAACGUUGGCGAAACAUCUCCAGACACAGGUGCGUAUUAUGUUCACGAAGUGGGACUUCACGAACGACAGCAAGCAGGCCAAGCCGAAGCAAGCUGUACCAGCUGUGGAGAACAAGUCAAUGAUCAACCCCGCAUCCUGGAUGUCUUCCGAUCGGAGUAGCUCCCCACCUGCAUCGGCUCACCAAGCCCCGGACAGCGACCCGCCAUCGAUGAUCGCGGACACCGCCGUUGUUACUGCUUCUGUUCAGCCGAUAUCGGCUCCGCAUCCGGAUACACUGUCCACGGUACAGACUUCCAACGCGUCAGCGCCAUUGCGAGUAAAUUCCAUGCAAUCUGCCAGUGUCACACCAAAGCAAGGUUCCAACUCGGCCAUGAUGACACCGCCGAGACCUUUUAAUGCAGCUAUAUCCGGGAUGACACAGCAAGCACCAGUGAAAUCUGUCUUCGGAAGGCUAGCUAGAGAUUCCUCGGAUGAGAUCCUGGACUUCGAAGAUGCCCGCAAAAGCUCAAUCCCUCUGGCGACUACCCUCGGCAAGAGAAACAAGACGACCGCACAAGCGAAAGACGUCAAAGCGCAGAGCGUGUCGAGGGUGGCAAAGCGUCAGAAAACCUUGUCCCGCAAGCCUGAAAUGUGCGAGAACGGUACAGCGGCAAGCGAUAAGGCGACGCUAAUCGGGCAUAUCCCUACGACACAAGACGAAUCACGGUGUCAACAGAACAUCCGUCCACAAGGAGCGGUUUACCUUGAUCUCGACGUCUCAACUGGUCUCUAGCUGGUCCUGG